AUGUACAUGUACAGUUCGGAUGGAUCCCUUUUAAUGCUACAGGUCAUGAUAGUGACAUCAAGGUUCGUUACUAUAUACACACUAUGUACAGUACAAGCGCAGAUGCGUCCCUUCAAAAGUCCUCAUCCAUCAAACCAAAACCCAAGCCACCGAAAGACCGCCCAAGGAGGCCAACCCCAACAGAUGCGGCGACGCAGCCACCGCAGCAGAUAUCUGAUUCGGAGACCCGAUCGCGACAGCCGGGUUGGACGACGACGGAGCGGUUCCCGACGCCGUCUUCACGAGCACGAUCCAUUCCCCGCUGGCACUUGCGCUUGGACCAGUGUACUGUGUCUUGCUCUCGGAAUCGUCGAACCGGGUAUUUGCUUCAUCUACCGUCCAUGCGCCGUUCUGAAGAAAAGCCAGUCUCGCAUCCGAUGCGCGCACGCCACCAGCAGCACUGACAGCGGCGGCGGUGACGGGGAACUCGAUCUUGGUACUGCUAUUUGUAGUGGCCGCCAACGCGGUGCGAUAGACGACUUUCCAGGAGUUUUUCGAGAGUUGUUUGAACCCGGCUGGGAGGACUGUUAUCGAUGGAGGGCCGGAGGUGACGGUCACAGCAUUAGCGACCGACGAGCUAACGUCGAUCUCAAAGCCGUCGGGGUACGUCACAUCCUCUUUCCGGUUUGGUGUGAGGGUGACAGCGGCGUUCAGGGUUGCAUUGACGCGGACGCCAUCGUCGUCGUCGGAGAGGAGCCCUCCCCGUCUGUCGUCAGUGCCUGCAGGGUGGGUUCCCUUGUCGUCUGUGCCUACGGGGUGGUUUCCCUUGUCGUCUGGGACUCCCGGGGUGUCAUCACCACCGUGACCACCGUGUUGGCGCACGAAGAGAGAAGCUUUGGGAGUUGGUUGCUGGCCCGUCGACAGGCUGGUUUCGCCGGUUGGAACGGCAAUGGCAGGUGCGACGGCGGAGAUCAGAAGUACCAGGAGGGUUGUGGAGGGGAUGAUCAUUUUUUGAUAUGGGUUCGGUGAAGUGAAAUGUAAAGUAUGGAUUGUGUAAGACUGCAAUGGAGUGGGAGACGAAAGGCAAAGACUCUUUUUAUAUAUAUGUAGUGCUUAGGGCAAUGUUGACUGAGCAAUGAAGUUCUU